CCAAUAGCAGUUGAUUAGCAACAGCAUCAUCUCUCUCAUCUCUCUCUCUCGCUGCAGGAAGGGAGGUGAGGAAAAAGGAAAGGACUUUGUCAAAUGAUGACGUGACGAGCAUUCCCGCACUAACUCCUCUUCCCACCCACAUCAUAAUCACUGGGCCAUCGUCCGAUCUUCCAAGCUCAUCGGAGCACAACACAACACCCUUCUUUCCUCUGUUGGUUUCUCGUUCUCGGGGCAAUCCGUUUACCGUCGGUUCGAUAGAUUCACGCUUCUUGGUAGUGGGAAAGUAGCACUUUUAGGGGGGAAUGGGUUCGUGGGUAUAAUCCUUAAAAAGCGUCGCAAUCGAGCUUGAAUUGCGCGAGUGGGGCUUUUCUCGUCUGAUCUUUUUAUUUUCCCUUUUUUGUGUUGAUUCUUGAGGGAUUCCCCCGCCUGUAGCGUAGAGGAUAGAUAAAAGAGCAAAAAGUUCAAAAAUUUUGGUUGAAAAGAUGGGGAAUGUGAACGGAAGAGAAGAUGGGGUGGGCAGUCCAUCUGGAGUCGAUGAAGAAGGUGGUGGUGGUGCUGGUGAUGGUGAUGGUAGUGCCCAGGAUAGCAUGGGUGCGGCCGAUGUGGCGCACGUUGGCUACCCGGCGCCGGCUGAGUUGAUGGGUCAGUCUCCUCCUCACAGCCCUCGAGCCACCCAGUCUCCUCUGAUGUUCACUCCUCAGGUCCCGGUGGCUCCACUACAGAGACCAGAUGAGAUGCAUGUUUCUGGCCACUCCUGGAUGCAAACUUCCUCGGGUUAUGAAGAUGCAUGUAGUGAACAAGGGAUACCGACCAUGAUCACGUGGUGUUAUGGUGGUAAGGAAGUUGCUGUGGAGGGUUCGUGGGACAACUGGAAAAUAAGGAUGCCCUUGCAGAGAUCAGGGAAAGACUUCACAAUAAUGAAAGUAUUGCCAUCGGGUGUUUACCAGUAUAGGUUCAUUGUUGAUGGGCAGUGGAAGUAUGUGCCCGAUUUACCCUGGGCCCAAGAUGAUGUUGGAGCUGCUUACAACAUUUUGGACUUGCAGGAUUUUGUUCCUGAAGACCUCGAGAGCAUCUCCAGCUUCGAACCUCCUCAGUCCCCGGAGUCGAGCUAUAACAACUUGUUUCUCGGAUCAGAGGAUUACGCGAAAGAGCCACCCAUGGUUCCGCCUCACUUACAGCUCACACUUUUGAAUGUGCCGGCACUCCACAUGGAGAUUCCACCGCCUUUAUCAAGACCCCAACAUGUAGUGCUCAAUCAUCUUUAUAUGCAGAAAGGGAAGAGCAGCCCGGCGGUGGUUGCACUUGGCUCGACACACAGGUUCUCAGCCAAGUACGUGACGGUGGUGCUCUAUAAAUCCUUACAAAGGUAGAGCAUGCGUACAUUGUAUCUGAGUGGGCUGUGUAGUAUUCAGCCGUCUUUGGAGGUUACUACCAGUUGAUUAAGAGGGUAAUGCAUUUUGUCAGUGGCUUAAACUAGGAGGUCUAGAAGAGUCAAUCGAGAGUGGAGCCUAAUUGUAGUAAUUUCGAUGUAGACCAUUUGAUCUGAUAGAUGUUCACGUCGAUUAUUGGGUCUGGCCUCUUUCACGGUUUCGGCCGCUCAUGCAACAAGGAAUCUAUCCAACUUGUAGUUCUGGAAUUGCAAUACUAAGAACUGUUCUCAUUUUUGAGGAGAGAUUGAAUGAC